AUGGCCCCCGAAGAGAAACAAGUCAAGAGAUGGCAGACCGUGCAGGAUGGUGUCGACAAACUUUGGCUGGAGCAGACGCCUAUGCCCAGCCCUGGAAAGGAUGAAGUCCUCGUUGAGAUUCGCACCGUCUCACUCAACUACCGAGACACCGAAGUUGUCAACGGCCUAUACAAGCACCACAAGAGCCUCAAGGACAAAAAGCCUGACCCCCUAACCCCCUGCUCCGACAUGUGUGGCGUCGUGACGGCCGUCGGCCCGGACCUGACCGUUCCCUGGAAGGUAGGCGACCGGGUCCUGUCCACCUUUACCCAGUCCCACCUGUCGGGCCAGAUCAAGGAGGAGGACAUGUCGACGGGCAUGGGCUUCCCGCUCGACGGCGUUCUGCAGACGCACCGCGUCUUUCCCAGCACCGGCCUCGUCAGGGCGCCCGAGUCUCUCAGCAACGAGGAGGCAUCCUGCCUCCCCAUCGCCGCCGUCACGGCCUGGAUGGCGCUGUUUUGGCAGGAGCCGCUGCGGAAGUUCCCGGAUCUAUCGGGCAAGGUGGUGCUCGUGCAGGGGACAGGCGGGGUUAGUAUCUCGGGCAUGCAGAUUGCAAAGGCUGCUGGCGCUACUACAAUCGUAACCUCCUCGUCCGACGAUAAACUCCAAAAGGCCAAGGCCCUCGGCGCAGACCAUCUGAUCAACUACCGUACGACCCCAGAGUGGCAGGACGAAGUCAUGCGGCUUACGGACGGCCGGGGCGCCGACGUCGUCUUUGAGUGCGGCGGCGCCGACACGCUCCACCGGUCCCUGCAGUGCGUCGCCUUUGGCGGCCUCGUCAGCUGCAUCGGCUAUCUGUCGGGCAAGGAGGACAAGUCGGUCGAGGGCCGGCCGCACUUCAACCUCCUGGCGCUGUCGCGCAACGUCACGGUCAAGGGCCUCAUCAAUGGGCCGAGGGAUAGGUUCGAGGACGUGGUUGGGUUUUACGACAAGCACGGGAUCAAGCCCGUGGUGGAUCGCGUGUUUGGGUUCGAGGAGGGGAGGGCUGCGUUGGAGUAUUUGAUGAGUGGAGGACAUUUUGGAAAGGUGGUUGUCAAGGUUUCUGCUUGA